GGCGAUGUCAUGGCGCAAGAUGGCCGCCGGUAUCGGGAAUGGUGUAUCGUAGACAAGGGCGGUAGGAAUUCCGGAAAAUAGGUGUGUCGGUGUUUCAACGUUACGUGUAGGAAAACGCGCCGUUAGGAUGCUGCCCGACCGCGUCGUUGUUGUCGCUGCUAUGGAUUGAACCUCGGAGUAUCGGCGUCGCGCAGUACAGUGUCUGUCGUGUACGAAUCGAUUACUAUGUACUCACGCAAGGAGGACAAGCUCCAUAAGAGCUCUUAGUGCUAGUUUAAGACUCGAAAAGGAAAAUCGUCGGCGAAAAUUGAAGAAUAAAUCAACAUGUGACCGAGAAAUUCAAGAAAAGUCCAAGAAUGAGGUGACACCGGCUUUCUUCUAGGUGUUAACUAUGCUGUGUGAAAAUCAGGCUUCUAGUGGAUAGGCCACCGGAUUGUUGAACAGUAUGAUCGAAAGUCUCGUUACUGAAUUGGAGAAGAGGACGGACAGUGAUAUACCUGGGAUAAAAUAUUAUUGCCAUCUAAUGUUCUCUCUAGUCCCAAAUAUUUUAUAAUGGAUGCAACGUAGUAUUACUACUGUUAGUACUAUUAUUAUUGCUUACGUAGUUGACUUGUUAAAAUUGUUUUCAAAUCAUGAACCAGACUAGAAGAGUUACAAGAAUGAUAGCUUGGAAGAGCAGUUCUGUAUCAAGUUGUUUCUUGCUUUGAUAACUAAACAUUAUUUACAAAAUGGCAUUAAUAAUGUAUAACAGCAUUGAGACAACCAGAAAAACUCGUUAGAAUUUUUAAAGGGAAUACAUAUGGAAGUGUAUUCUCAAAAUUAUGAAAGCAUGAGUUACGCUAUCAUUCAACUGUUUCAAUUUGAAAUUUUCUCGCAUUUCAUGAAAAAUUAAAUAUCUUUGUGAAAAAAAUUGGAAACAAGUUUUUAAAGAUGCAUUUUAGAAAAGAAAGAUAAAGCUUUAAAUUUGUCUUGUAGUUUUGUCGUUAUGAUAUUUUGUUUCUAAAUUACAUAAAAUUGAUAAAAUUUAAGAUUAUUUUUUCAAUAUUUUUUUUUUACUUUAAACACUACAGCUUCAUGACAUUAUCGAACAGAAAUUAACAAAAAAUUCUUUUUAGGUUGACUUUCAAAGCUUUAAAAUGCUUUUAUGAAACAAAUUAAUGCGACAAUUUCAUUCAAUGAUAUUAACUUUCUUGCAUAAAAUUUAUUUUUUACAAAAAUUAAAAUGUUUUUUAAUAUUAAACCAUUUAUAAAACUAAAGUAUUUGUGGAAGAAAGAGAAAAGAGAAAAAUGUUAUAAUGUGCUUGUUUGUAUAAAUUAAAAAAAAAUUUUUUAAAAACUUUAUAUUUAAUCUUUCGUGUUUCAUGCAUGUUGAAAAUUUUAAACAGUAGUGUUUUGUUUUCCUGAAACCUGUUUUGAAGGAAGAAAAUAUUUAACGAGAAGGAAUUAAAAUAGUAUGAAGUUUGAAAAUGUGUGUUUCUAAAGGAAAAAUUUUAAGAUCGGUGAAAAUGUAGAGAUUCAUAACAAAGUGUUUUCAAAACAACAACAAAUUUCUAUAAAGUAAUACUGAGAUUUUGUUUAUGGAAAUAAGAACAAGGGUACGAAAAAAUGUUCAGUGAUCUUGAUGAUGUAUUUUUUUUGAGAUAGAAGAAAAAACAAAUUGCUAUAUUUUCUGUGUUACUGAUUUAUCAUGGUGCUAAAUAAAGCUUAAAAUCAAAAGUUGAUCGAGUGGUUUUACCAAAUGGAGCACAAGAUUAUUUCAACACUUAAGUCUGAUUCAAAGAUGUUUCUAUGCCAUUGAAAUCAGAGAAAUGAAAGAAGGUUAUAUUGAAAAUUAAACUGCGAAUACAGGUGAUUGAGAUUCAGUAAGAAAAAAGAAUUAGCAAACGGCUUUCGAAUUUGAUAUCAUGACAGCGCGCGCAAGCCUCUCUCUCUCUCUCUCUCUCUCUCUCUCUCUCUCUCUCUAACUGAAAAUUGCAAGAUUGAGUGUGUAUACACCAAGUUGAGAUGCGUAUACGAUACGUGGUGAGAAGGCUUUUACUACGGCAAGAUGCACGAGUUCUCUUCACUUGCGCGAUCGGCGAGGUGAAUGCGUCCAGUGAUCGGGAAACGUCGGCUUCACAAUCGCGACGGUGGACGAGCGCUCUCGAUCGAAGCGAGCGCGAUCGUGUAGAAGUUCUCAUCGACGAAGAGGCAGAGAAGCGCGUUUUUACUACGGCUUCAUGUUCGCAGGCACAAACACCUUUGCAUGAUAGUCGAUUUGAUUUAGAGAAACAAUAAUAUUCUGUUGACAUGUGAGAAGACUAAAUAGUAAUAAGUCGAUCGACGAAAAUGUCUAACAUUAUCAGAAGAAAGUGAUAUUUGUUUAGUAAAACCUUGGUGAUUAAUAAUUUUAUAUAAAUUUUUAGUUCACGCGAAUAUUUGUUGAUUUUGACACACAUUUCCAAUUAAAGCUGAAAUACAUAAUAUCACAAAUUAAAUUGAUAAUAUGAACAAUAUCUUAAUAUGACCAAGACAAUAUCCUAAGUGUAUGAACACAUUUAAAUAGCAAGAAUGACUAUACCGAUCGAAAGCAGUUCUUAGUGUUCAAUAAUUUUCUAGGUGAAUUUAUAAACAUUUACAAGUUUCCCCAAACUGCGCGCCGCAUAUUUGCCGGACUUAAAACAGUUUUUCAGGAAGAACUUGGAAAUGUAAUAUCACAAAAAUUAAAUUGCAACUCAAUAAUUUAAUAAGUUUGAUACUUAUAAGCAUCUCUACUAUCCUCUCCUCUCCUCUCCCUCCCUUAUUCCAAAAAGUGUAAAGAAAUUUAUUGCAAAAAGUAUUACCUCGGCCAAGGUUUGAAACUGGAUCCCUCAGCAUUCCAUACAGAUCUAUUAAAUUGAUAAGUAAUUUAAUAAUAGAGAAAGAUCAAUGUCAAAUUAUUUUCAGACUAUAUUUCUUAAACAAAAACUGAACAUUGCAAAUAGAAAUUUAAAUUAAAAAGUGUUCUCGGUCAGAUGGUAUGGCAAUUUUUAUGGUAUUAUUUUGUAUUUUGCAAUAAUUAAUGUUUUCAUAUAAUCAAAAAUGAGUGUUUAAGAAAUUGGGCGCUAAAACUGUCAUAGUAGGCAAUAAUUGUAGAAGGCAAUAAUUUAGAUAUAAUCUGAUAUUAUGCAGAAGUUAGUUAUGAAAUAAACUAAUAAAAUAUAUUUCUGUGUAUUAAAUAACAUUAUAUAAAAUUAAAACAUUAAAAUUGAACUGUUUUAACUGUUUUAAUAAAAGCAGUUUAAAUACCGAAAAAUAAAAAUAAACAAUUUAUUUAAAAGAUAGAUAAUUUAUCAAAAAGAAAAUUUAUAUGCCAUUUGUCCAAUGUGCACUGACACAUUUAAAUUAUGAUUAGUCUCGUUAAUAGAGAAGUGUAUUUACAUUUUACAUUGAUUUUGUAUAAAUCUGCAAAACAAGUUUAGGAAGUUACACUUUUUUUCAAAAAUUUAAACAGAAAAACGUGGAAAUGGUAGUUACUUUAUUAUUAAAGAACAUUUAUCCGCUAGAUAUAAUUUUUAACAAAAUAAAUAGUAGGUUAAAAAAUUUUAACAUUAAGUAUUAAACUUGACUAACAAUACAAAAAAUUCAUGGUGACAACGAAUCAGUUUAUGCGGAAAAACAAAUAACAAUUCCAAUACAUGAAAAGUGUUUCAGAAUUAGUCAGCUAUGAAUAAAUAAGAAUUUAUUGUUACUAUAGAUGUUUAAAUAAACUCGGUAGACAAAAUAUAAAAGAAUAGAAAAACUUCCACAUCUAACAAUAAUGUAAUAUAUAAAAUAUGUUACAAGAACUAAAACAUUAUGUGUAGACCAAACAAGAAGAAAAUUAAAAAUAAGAUUAAAAGAAAUAAAUAAUAUCAGAUAUAAACAAUAUCAAACAAAAUUUCUCAAAACACUCAUCUCACAAGGGAUCCACUUUGUAUAUAUCCAUUAUAUAUCAAUAGUAAGUUUCUAUUUGUUAAAGUACCUCUUAAAUGUAUUCUUGUUGCUCUAUAAGUAAAUAAAAUAACCGAAUCCGGAGAUAUUAGAAUAUUUAAAAAUUCUUAAGUCUAACAAUAAGACAAAAAUGUUUCAUAUAAAUUAUUAGGGCGAAAAAAAUGCUGACCUUGACUAAUUUAAGAUGUCUUUAAGGUUAGGUCAAGACCUCACUUCUUGACCUGUCGAUCAUUAGCGAUGCCGUGUUCCCCCCCCCUUUUUUUUUUAAGAAACGUUCUCAGACUUGUUUGAUUUGCUGAAUAUUUUUGUAACGAUCUGUUUAACUUAAUCUCGGCGUCUCUGAAGUUUUGCUAACAAACCGGUGUAGGAAUUUAUCAUUAUCUUUCAAUCUCUUUUUUUUGCUUUUCAAUUGAUAAAGCAAUUUUUAAAAAAUAAUCGAAAUAAUGUAAAGUAGAUUGAGGUGAAUUGGAUUAAUUUUUUUUCAUAAGUAAAAAAAUAAAAAAAUAAUUUUGUUAUUAAGUUUUAUUAUAAAUUUUUAAUUUUUACACCUUUGGCUUGAGUUUUAUGUAAUAAAAUCGUACAUAAAUAUGGAAAUUUCUUAUUGCGAAACAAAAAAAUUUAGAAAAUGAAAUUGUCGAUUCGCUCCAACAUCGGGCGUAAAGCGGAUCACCAGUUUAAAAGAAAUAAAAAUAAAUGAAUAACUUUGAAAUAAGCUAUUAAGCCUCUUUGUUACAAACUUGCAAAAUUGGGAUUGUGAUUUUAUAUGAUAAACAUUUCUUCGCGCACUCACGAUCUCUGUGUUUUUUGACUGACGCAAUACAGAAUUGUUGUUUAUUGUUUUCGCUGCAAAGGGAGCAUGCGAAAGAAACUGACAUGAUAAAUAGAUCGUAUGAAACAAAAAACGAUAACUGUCUUAAAAUUUAUAAUGAUGCGAUUCGUCUCGGUCUACCCUAAUUUUAGCAAGUUUAAUAUUGAUAAGAUUUUUCAUUCACUUAUUAUUUCUUAUACAUUUUAGAUUUCUUAGGAGAAGGUACAUAGUCAAGAUCUUUUUGAUCAUUAAGAGUAACAUCGGAAAGUCCAUAAUCUACAUCUUCGUUUUAAGAGGUACUUUAUCAAAUAAAAACAAAAGACUUACACGUAUUAUUCUACAAGUAGGUUUUUUGCCAAAAAAUAUCUUAAAUUACGGUCAUUUAUUAGAUUAGGACGAUACACAAAUUUCAGAUUCUGUACCUAAAUAUUGCAAAAGAAUGAUUUCUGUAAUGGUACCUAUGAAAAAACAAAUCAAUAGACAAUCUGAAUAAAGAUACUGAAUUGGAUGAUAAUUUUCUCUUAUUUAGUCAUGCUUGAAAGACUUACCAAGAAUUUCUAAACAAAAAAAAAAAAAUGACAGGAUUGAUUAUUUCUUAUUAGCUACAUGUGUAUCACGUUCACCUUACAUAUAUACACAUAUACAUAUAUUUUUUUUACCUGUUACACUUUCACUUAUAUAUAUGACUCCGAACGAAAUAGAUGUGAACAAACGAUCAUACACUUAUCCUGAAUUUUAUUAUAAGUUAUGAAUUUACACAAAUAUUCUAUUUACAUGGCACACAAUUGCGAUGAAAAAAUGAUUUAGCAAUUGCGAUUGCGGAAAUUUAGAACGCGAAGCAUGAGCGAGAAGGGGGAGAAAGAGAAAGGAGAGAAAAGAAAGAAUUGAAAUGCAAGAGAAUGAGGUACUUGAGCUUGAAAGAGAAGAGAGAUGUCAAAGAAGCGCGCUCAGGAAAGAGUAUGUUUGACGUGGAAUACGUACACGGGCGCGCGUACAUACAUGUAUAUAUCUCAUUUUGUGUGAGCCUAUCACACGCUACAAAUAGUGCGUGCAUUAGCGGCGUGUGCGGUAAUUCACCAAUAAUUCUCUCGCAGAUCCAUUAUUUUCGGGGUGUGUGAAUAAUAACGAAGUAGUAUAAUAAUCGACGAUAGCGGUAACCUACAACGUGCAAAAUGUGGAAUAUGAUGUGCGAUGUGAUGCCGACGAUCGCGGAGGACAGUAUGAGCCAGCGGAGCUCGCAAUUCUCCGGCGAAGAUGGGAACAUUGAGCAACUGAUGGUGCAAAUGUUGGAUGAGCGUGACAAGAUGAUGGAGUCGAUGCGCGAGCACCAGGAGCGGCUCCAGGAGAUGGAAGCGCGAUUGGCAGAAGUCGAGAAGGAGCGGGAUGCCUUGAAUCGUCAACUUAACGCAAAUAUUCCACAGGAAUUUUCACAGCUGACAAAGGAAUUGGCGGCAGCGCGAGAAAGCAUUUUGGAAAGAGAAGAAGAAAUUUCUGAAUUAAAAGCAGAACGAAACAACACACGCCUCUUACUGGAACAUUUAGAGUGUUUAGUAUCGCGUCAUGAACGGUCGCUCAGGAUGACAGUUGUGAAACGUCAAGCUGCUGCGCAAUCCGGCGUAUCGUCUGAGGUAGAAGUGCUCAAAGCUUUAAAAAGUCUUUUUGAGCAUCACAAGGCUUUGGACGAAAAGGUACGUGAGCGUUUGCGCGUGGCCCUUGAAAGAAAUACGAGUCUUGAAGAGGAACUAGGCCAUAUCAAAGAGGAAUUUCAGCAAUAUAAAGUAAGCGGGCAUCCAUCGAAAGCAUUAGACGAUAGACCGAAAGAGAAUGGACAGGCGGAUGAAGGUCAACAACAGAAUAAGAAUGAGACUGAGCAGGCAACAAGUCAGCAACAGCAGCAACAGCAAUAUCAGCAACAUCAAUUGCAGCAGCAACAGCAGUUGGUACAAAAAGGUACAGAGAAGUUCGCCGAAGUUGGCAGUAGACUGAGCAAUGGAAGUCUCGAUCCGAUCGAGCAGGAUUCAUCAGUACGAAUAAUAGAUUUGCAAGCUACUCUCGACAAACAGAGUUCAGAAUUAAGUACAUGGCAACGACGAGUGGCGGAGCUAAGCGGACGCGUCGCCGAGUUGGAGGAAACACUAUCUAAAACGCAGAAAGAUCUUCUGAAGGCACAGGAGGCGGGUCUCAAACUGCAGAGAGAUUUGCGAGAGAACGCAGCGCAAAAAGAGGACCAAGAGGAGCGAAUAGCAACUUUAGAAAAACGAUACCUCAAUGCUCAACGGGAGUCUACUAGUCUUCAUGACCUCAAUGAGAAAUUGGAGCAAGAAUUGCAGCAUAAGAAAGCUCAAUUAAAGCUUCAAGAGGAAAAAAUUGCGGCUAUACAAGAGAAACUCGAGCUUGCAGAACAGAAACUAGCUCAAUAUGCAAAAUUACCAGAAAUGGAAGAACAAUUGAAACAGAGGAUGGAGGCUCUGACGCAGGUGAGGAGGCCCAACCAGCAGGCUCAGGAGAGGCAUGGUAGUGCGGAAGAUAGAAUUCAAAGAUUGGAAGCACAAUUAGAAGAAAAAAAUGCAGAGGUGAUGCGCGUUAACCAACGGCUAAAGAUGAAUGAGGAGCAUAAUACACGUCUCAGUACAACCGUUGAUAAACUUUUAUCUGAAUCCAAUGAAAGAUUGCAAGUGCAUUUAAAAGAAAGAAUGCAUGCAUUGGAAGAAAAAAACGCGCUCACUCAGGAAUACGAAAAAACGAGGAAAGUGGCAGAGGAUUUGCAAAAUGAAAAGACUGACAUUGUUAAGGAGUUGAGUAAAGCGCGUCUUGAGAUUGACAACAUUAAAAGACAGAUGCUUCAGCAGGAAAUUGCUUUUAAUAUUCAACAAACGGAUGCUCUAACGAGAAGUUUAUCGCCAAACGCCGUAGAUCCAGGCUCCUUCUCGAGGAGCGCUAGUCAUAGCAGUUUUGAUACGCACUCGUUACCCAGAAGAAGUGGCAAACGAUCUAUCGAAGAUGAUUCGUCGAAGAAUUAUGUUGCACGGACUUUAGCGGAGCAGGAAUGGGAAAAAUUGCAGCAGGCUCAUGUGCUCGCUAAUGUUCAGCAAGCGUUUGACGUUUCAAGUGACGCGGAAGGUGAUGGGGAUAAUGAAAGUAUCUUCAGUUGCACAGCAGACGUAAUUAGUCCUACCGGGCACACUGAUGCCCAGACGUUAGCUUUGAUGUUGCAAGAACAAUUAGAUGCCAUUAACAAAGAAAUAAGAUUAAUUCAGGAAGAGAAGCAGAGUACGGAGGCACGUGCGGAAGAAUUAGAAUCUCGCGUCGGCAGCCUUGAACAUAUGAAUUUGUUAGCGAGAGGUAGAAGCCUCGAACGAGCAUCGCCACCACUAAGCGGGCGAUCUACACCAAAAUCACACCACAGUCCAAGCAGGGAUUAUUUGCACAAGUACCACACCGUUAGUAAUCACGCACCUGCAUCAAUGUCUCCGGCGCAUUUACAUCAAUACGCUGCUUCCUUAGCUAGUCCAGGCCAAUUAUCAGAAUCUCUUCCUGCUAGUCAGUUGCAGUUGUCAGGAGAAGAACUGCAUUCGGUUAGCGAAAGAGAUAGUACCGGUGUAGGAAGUGGUAGCGAAGCGGCGUCUCCCUUAACAGCCAGGUCUCUUCGGUUGGAACGAGUCGUUCAAGCAUUAGCUCACAGUCAGGAAGAACUCAGAAGACGUACCGGACAGAGCGGAUUUCCGAGUGGUUUCCCCACGCACAGCAGGCAUGGGCAGCAUAACAACGGCGCACUCAAUUCUGGAACUCCCCCUUCCCCAUUGUCCUCACGUCACAGCAGCCAGGACAGUCUGCACAAGAACAAUUUCUCCAGCGUUGGACUACCCAUCGGACAACUGUCGACGUCACAUCUGCACAUACAGUCAACCAUGAGUCCUGCCACAGCGGCCGCGGUCGCGGCUGCGCAGAAAAAGAAAGGCAUUAAGAGUAGUCUCGGCAGAUUUUUCAGCAAAAAAGAAAAGAUUAAAGGAAAAGAUACGCCAAUGCCGGGGGAUAUACCAGGCAUGGGAGGCGCAAGUACACCCGCCGAUCCAGAUUACGGUGACAGUGUGUGCGUAGCUGGUACUCUUGGAAGUAAAAGUGAUUUUGAUCGCAGAAAAAAGAAGAGCAUGUUGGACUCCUCACGGCACGAGCUUUUAGCGGAAGCGAUGAAAGCCGGAACACCUUUUGCUUUAUGGAACGGACCAACGGUAGUCGCCUGGUUGGAGCUUUGGGUGGGCAUGCCAACGUGGUAUGUUGCGGCUUGUCGAGCAAACGUCAAAAGCGGUGCUAUCAUGAGUGCUCUUAGCGAUACCGAGAUUCAGCGAGAAAUUGGUAUAAGCAACCCUUUACAUCGAUUGAAGCUGAGAUUAGCCAUUCAGGAGAUGGUGUCGCUUACAAGCCCGUCAGCGCCGAAAACUUCUCGCACAACAUUAGCAUUUGGUGAUAUGAAUCACGAGUGGAUAGGUAAUGUCUGGUUACCGAGCCUUGGGCUACCUCAAUACCGAUCCACUUUCAUGGAGUGCCUUGUUGAUGCUAGAAUGCUUGAUCAUCUUACGAAGAAAGAUCUUCGUGGUCAACUGAGAAUGGUUGACAGCUUCCACAGAACAAGUUUGCAGUAUGGCAUUUCCUGCUUAAAACGGUUAAAUUACGAUAGACAACAAUUAGAGGAGAGAAGACGAGUGGCAGAAGGUACCAAUAUAGAUGUACUCGUGUGGAGUAAUGAUCGUGUUAUAAGAUGGGUACAGUCGAUUGGUUUGAAGGAAUAUGGAAAUAAUCUCUUAGAAUCGGGUGUGCAUGGUGCGCUCAUAGCUCUAGAUGAAAGUUUUGAUGCGAAUAGUUUUGCAUUAACUUUACAAAUUCCCACACAAAAUACGCAGGCAAGACAAUUACUACAAAUGGAAUUUUCCAAUCUGUUAUCAAUGGCAACAGAAAGGCGUCUGGACGAUAGCAUGAAAUCCUGAUCCAUCUCGUCAAGUCGGCUGCCGCAUAUUCAACCACAUCAUGUCUAGUCGAAAACCCCAGCUAUUGCUACUAUCUACGCGCAAAGUGUGUUAUAAAAGUUGUAAGAGCUUUAAGUAUCACGCUAGGAGUAUCUUCAUAUUGUUAUGACAAAUGUGACAUUUGGUAAUAAUACAAGAUUUACCGAAGUGUGUUUUGACAUAAGCUGUUAAAAUAAGGUUUCACGAUUGUAUUCGAUACUUAAGGUCCAUCUUCAAUUGAUUUUUAUGCCGUGUGCGCGUAUAAAUUAACGCGCCACAUACGCAUUAUAUACUUUUUGACGAUGAGGAGGAAAGAAGAUAGUUAUUUCUCGAGCGAUUUUUUUAUAUAGAUAUCGAAAUGUAGCAGGCAGUCGUUGGAUUAUAUUACUAGAAAGACACGACGAUGUAUAAAUAGCACUGUCCUUAAAAGCACGAGAUAUCAAUUGCAGAUGAUUAACGACAAUAAUUCUCUCUGAGUUAGCUUCAUUUAUUUAUAAAGUCGAUAAGUCUCAGUAUUACGGUGUUAUCUAGUAGAGUGUAUUUGUCGUACGACUUGAUACGACAACAUGUACUUAUAAUGUUUAAUAAAUAUUUAAGGCAGGGUAAGUUAAUACUUUGUAUCGCACAAAGAAAAAUAAAACAGGAGUCUACGAUAUCGAUGCUUUUGAGGAAAUUGUUCAUAUAUAAGGUGUCCUGUAAUUGAUAACACGAUCGAAAAAGUAAAUUUACAUGAAAGAACAAGUUAAAAAUGUUGAGUGAAUUUUUCUCUGUGAAACUUUCUUUUAUCUUUGUUAAACAAAUAGAUGCAAAUGAUUGAAUAAAUUUUGCUAUCGAAUUUAUUUUAAAGUCUAUUCAAAUAUAAAUAAUACAAGUUUAUUGCAAGAUGAACUUAUUGAUGUACAGGAUAUUUCCUGUAACUCAAUCAUUAGAAUAUAUCUGUUUUUAAUCUAGUGAGAAAUAAGAAAUUGAAAUGAUAUAAAAACGAAAUUUGACCAUCAAAAGGGGAUUGAAAUCAAAUAUCGAUUCGAGAUUCAAACAGAUUCGAUUUAUAACAAUUUUUAACAUCGAAAGCAACUAAAUUUCGAACAUCAAAA